CACUGUACAAGUGUCAGUACUGCCAGUAAACAACGGAAAACGGCCUAUGUUUAUGGAUUGAAAUCAUUCCGUCUGUUUUCCGAGACCGGUGAACGUGGUUUGAAAGAGCAGUCAUAGCCGCACACGUCGUUUACACAAAACACCAAAAAAAAUUGUGUACAUAUUCAUAACAACGGACUUACACGUUACGGCUUACGCUUUACACUUAGGCGGAAUCAAAACGGUAAACGUUCUAUCUGCAAGCUACGAAAAAAUGGCUGUACCACCAAAGAGCGUUAUAAACCCAAGCCUCGAUGACCCUGUAACAAAGGCAGUGGUUGAUAAUAUAAUGGGUAAUUUACCAACCAAAAAACCUCUUGUUCGUUGCGAAGACUGUGACCUUUCCUUCACCAGCCAAACAGUAUUAGAUACACAUUUACAAGGUGCACGUCAUGCCAAACAGGUGAGAUCAAAGAACAUCAUGGCGACGCUUGAAGAAACAAAGAUUUCGUUUACGAAAGAUGAAGAGACAAAUGGACUCAAAUGUAAUGUAUGUAAUGUGUGUCUAAACUCUAUCCAGCAGUUACAAACACAUCUCAAUGGUAGCCGUCAUAAAAAGAGAUUAUUGAGAGGUGAUUGGGAUGGCAAAAAGGUUGUCACCCAAGGUACUUCGAUGCCAUCGUCAAGUGGUAACACACAGCAAUCCGGUUCUACAAAAUCGUCGAUCCUUAAGUGCGAUACAUGUAACAAAUUCUUCAACUCGCCACUCCAAUGUAGCGUGCAUAUGAAUUCUGCAAAACACGCUGACAAAAUGAGAAGAUCUAAGAAUCCAAGUGUGAGAUAUUUUCCAUAUCGAAAAAAAGGGGAAACAACCACUAAGAGUCAAAUACCGUCUUUAUCGAGUAAUUUUGUAUCAGGAGGUAUUACGUAUCAACCGUAAGACACAUAAGUAACAUACUUUAUUUUGAUACUGAACAAAUGUUUUCACAAAAUUCAUUUCAUUGACAUUGUUUAAGAGAAAUUCAGAUAACGACUAUAUUUUCUCUUAUAUACACUUUUGUGAAAUUACAAGUCUCUAUCGAUUGCUUUUUAUCAAAGAAUAGUGCAAUUUUAAAUGACUUGAAAGAUGUUAUUAGUUUUUUCUUUUUGUCUGCUUUUAGCUUUUUGUUUAAUUGGUUUUAUUUUGUUUCUUUUUGUUUAUAUGCCAAUAACAAUGCGCAGAAUUAUUUAGAAGAUAAAGAAAAGAUUUUAUUUGCAAAAUUGAAGUUGCUUUUGUACAUACGUAUAUAAUAAUCACAUGAGCACAUUUGUAAUCUGAAUUUCUGCAUACUGUUCUGACAUGAAAUAUUCUUCUGAAAACAAUAACAAAUUUAUGAAUGUCAGUGAAAGUAGUUAAUGUUGAUAUAUAUUAAUGUACAUUCAUAUUAGAUCAUUUAAUAUUUAGUCAAAUUGCCCAUCAUGUUUACUUCAGUGGAAUUUGAACCACAGUUGAAUGUAAAUCGAAUAUAAAAUAUCAGGAAAUAUAUAUGUGUAUAUGUACUGUACUGAUCAUGUAAAAAUGUAGACUACUCGUUUGAUUUACAAACAAACUCCAUUAAGUUGUGAUAAUCCGUCACAUUCAGGCUAAAAAGAGUAGUUAAUAUUUUUCAAUAUUUUCAAUAUUUUCAUUGUUUUGUGAUAUUUACAAUUAAAAUAUUUGGUAUAUUAAUA